AUGUAGAUACAUUUCUUUCCUAUUCUCCUCCUCUCCUUCUUCCUCCUUGUUUGGCUUCUGAGAAACAAAAAGGAAAUGGCAAAUUUUGCUUUAGCAAUCUUUCUUGAAUUGUGUUUUCUUACUAUGAGUGUCAGAGCAUUUACCGCUUCUGGAUGGACCAAAGCUCAUGCCACUUUCUAUGGAGGGAGUGAUGCCUCAGGAACAAUGGGGGGAGCUUGCGGGUAUGGGAACUUGUAUUCAACUGGGUAUGGCACUAGGACUGCUGCUCUUAGUACUGCAUUGUUCAACGAUGGAGCUUCUUGUGGGCAAUGCUACAGAAUCAUCUGUGAUUAUAAUACAGACCCCACAUGGUGCAUUAAGGGAAGAUCCAUCACCAUAACUGCCACAAACUUCUGCCCUCCAAACUAUGCUCUUCCCAGCAACAAUGGAGGCUGGUGCAAUCCUCCCCUCCAGCACUUUGACAUGGCACAACCUGCUUGGGAAAAGAUUGGUAUUUACAAAGGAGGAAUCAUCCCCGUUUUGUACCAAAGGGUUCCAUGUAAGAAGCAUGGUGGAGUAAGAUUCACCAUCAAUGGAAGAGACUAUUUUGAGCUUGUUUUGAUUAGCAAUGUGGCUAAUGCUGGAUCUAUCAAAUCUGUAUCCAUCAAAGGCUCUAAAACUGGCUGGAUGGCAAUGUCAAGGAACUGGGGAGCAAAUUGGCAAUCCAAUGCCUAUCUCAACGGACAAUCCUUGUCCUUCAGAGUCACCACCACUGAUGGAGAAACCCUGGAUUUCCUGGAUAUAGCCCCAGCGAACUGGGCAUUUGGCCAGACCUUCUCCAGCAAAGUACAGUUCUAAGGGCUAUGGUAUCAGCUUUAGGUUUUGGGGUUCAGGGUUUCAUGACUUCGAACUUAGGCAGAGGCGUGCUUGUUAUUUAUUAGAGCUGCCCGCCAGAUGUAUCUUAUGUUCAGAUUUUCCAAAAUCAGGCUGUUUUCUCUAAUUUUGGUUAAUUAAGAUCAUGGAACGGAACCCUUGUACUCAAGGCUGCUGCAUAAAUGACUUUUGUUCUGUUUCUUGAGCUGGAAAAGGGAGAAGCUGUACAAAAUCUGGUUAGUAUUGAUAUUGUUCUCAUGACAAUAAGAAGCACAGUAAAUUUGCAGCUUCAACAUUUGUAAAAUUUUAACUAAUUUACAAAAUUUUAUGGUUGUAAUAGAAAGUGUUUGUUAUCUAUUGUUAAUGCGCAACAUUUUGAGUCCAACACGGCUUUGUGUAAAGUUUGCACCGGUGAUGCUUCUUACAUUGUGAGGUCUGCUUCUUUGGUGGGCAUUACUUUCUUCAUAUUGAACUUGAAGCCACAGCUUUUAAGUUGCUUUGCACAGGUGUUGUGUUAAAGGUUCUCUAUUGGAAGUUAAUGAUAGAUUGAUUAAACAGCCAGAGCUGCUCAAUUCAUCGGUGAGAAUAGUUUUAUACAUAUGAAACUAUGCAAUUGAAUGAUUGUGAUAUUAUCUCUUGUUUGGCAUCGUUCAUGUUCUCAUCCAAAUUCAGAAUUGUCAUCACUACAUUGUUUCCCCUUUGAUUAUUGGGAUUAUCACAGCGUAAUUAAUGGACUAAAACCUC